AUGCCCGACAAGUCGUCGUCAAUCGUGUCGUAUGCCGCCGGAGCUUCUCUCGCCGCCGUUGCGCUCAUCUACGUCUUCGGACCCACGUUUGCCAUCGACCACGACGCCAGCAGCUCCUCCAAGAAGAAGACAGUGGUGGGCUUGCGGAACCAGGCCAACGAUUGCUUCAUCAACUCGGUCCUUCAAGCUCUCGCCGGACUCGGCUAUCUGCGCGUGUACCUCAUCCGCGAAACCCACCGGCGGCACAUUGAGGAUCCGACCGUCUACGCCAACCUCGUGCAGCCCGAAAAGACGGCCAAGCUCGAGCAGUGGAAGCUGCAAGGUCUGCAGGAUGGCUUGGUGACUCAGGGCCUCAAGGAGAUGCUCGACGCGCUCAACGAACGACCGCUCUACAAGAAAUCAGUCUCCCCGUUUCCCUUUGUCCGAGUAUUGGAACUUGCUUUCAAGCAGCGCAUCAGUCGGCAGCAACAGGACGCGCAGGAAUUCCUGCAGAUCGUCGCCGAGCGCCUCAAGGAUGAAUACCAUGCCGGCCAGCGCGCCAGGUUUCAGGCACGGAAAGGCGGCAUGUUGCACACGGCAGCGUCUACAGGCCUCUCGGCAGAUGCUCUCGACGGCAGCCUGAGGACUUGCCGCCCGGGCCACGGCCACGGCCAGGGCGCGCAUGACAGCCCGCACAUCGGGCCCACGGAUGUUGCCGAUGAAGAGAGUCGAAAUCAGUCGGGAGCAUCUUCCCCCGGCUCCCCAGACGUGUCGGCUCCAAAGUCUCGCAUCAAGCUCGUUUCACCUGAGGAGCUGGAGGAAGGCUUUCCUAUGGAGGGGAGGUAUGAAUCGCAUCUCGAGUGCCAGACUUGCCAUUACAAGACGAAGCCGCGAGAGGAAACCUUCUGCACCUUGACCUUGGCCGUCCCGCAAGUUCCGUCGACCUGCCUGAACUCGUGCUUCGACGGCGUGUUCAAGACCGAGUUCAUUGAUGACUUCAAGUGCGAGAUGUGUCGGCUGCUGCAUGUCAAGGCCAAACUGGAACACGAAAUGGAGCGCUCCACUUCCGAGAGCUUCGUCGCGCAAGCCAAGGACAGCGUCGCGAAGCUGCAGAGAGCCAUAGAUACGAACCCCGAACAGCCGCCGGUCGGGGUGGAUCUGGGAGAUAUCCGUCACGCGCCGAAGCGCAAGAUAGCCAAGACGACGCGCAUCUCCAUUUUCCCCAAGAUCCUGGCCAUCCACCUAUCUCGAUCCAUCUACGGCGUCGGUCAGAUGACGCAGAAGAACUCGGCCAAGGUGGCGUUCCCUGAGGAACUGCCCCUGGGGGGGUUGAUGGAUCAGCACCGGUACAAGCUCCUCGGCACGGUGACUCACCGCGGUGGGCACAAUAGCGGUCAUUACGAGGCCUUCAGACGGCAAAACCAGCCUUCCCCGUACCACAACUCCAACACAUUUCAGCAGUCAGACGUCUACAGCAAGACGCCGACUCCCAUCUCCACGCCCGAGGUAGCCGCCCGCCCGACGCUCAGUCCCGCCACCUCCACAGUAGACCUGGUCUCUCCGUCCCCAUUCCCAACCUCAUCCACGCCGUCUCUGCCCUCGACGGCAGCUCCGCCUCGCAGCGUGCCAGCUGAACCGAGCUCGGAUGCGAGCUCGCAGUUGAACGGGAAGGAUGCGGAUGCGGAUGCGGAUGCGGAAACGAGCAGUCUCCGGUCAGCUGCAGCCUCCACCAAGUCAAACCUGCUCAAGCUGGUUUCGUCCAAGAACGAGCAAGGCUCGAUGAAGCCAUCGUCAAACGACUUGGCUAGGACGGCCAAGAAGCGGAAGCCUGGGGCCGACAAAUGGUGGCGCAUAAGCGAUGAAAAAGUGCGCGAGGCCAAGACAAGCGAGGUGCUGGACAUGCAGAGGGAAGUUUACCUGCUGUUUUACGAGUUUGAGAAAUGA